UUUUCAAUAAAAAAAGGUUCAUUCGCCCAUAUUUUCAUAUCCGCCAUUUUGUGAAACUCGGUGAUUCCGGACGAUGCCGUUCAUUAACGUUGCAGGGGAUGUUAAUCUCUUCUACGAGAUCAAGUCCACCAGUUCUCCCCGUCAAGCCACCGCUCCCUGGCUCGUCAUCCUUCACCCGCUGUUUCUCGAUAUCUCAUUCGUUUAUCCUUACGUGAACGGGCCUGGUCAACUACUCGAGCGAUUCAACGUCAUCCUGAUUGAUUUCCGUUCUCAUGGCCGCACGCAAGCGAAGGUCUCGCCUUCAUGUGAUCUUUGGACUCUAGCAGGCGAUCUGGCCUUUGCCCUUCAUAAGCUCAACCUGCCACCUGUUCAUCUCUUGGCUACUGAUCCACUCGGCACUGAGGUUGCAAUCCGCUUCAGUGGUUUAUUUGCCUCUCUAGUAGUUAGCGUCUGUUUAUGCACCAUGCCACCCUCAGAAGAAGAAGGAUUUGUAAACACUGCCUUUCAAGCCGUCAUGAGCUCCUGGACGAACCCGGAGCUUCCCGAAGAUUGGGAUGCAUCUGUCUCGGCGACCCAAUGGUGGCUGUAUGGGCCCCGAUCCACUUAUUGCUCUCUAGAUGUCCUGGACGCCUGGGCUGGCGCUUUAAUUCGUCGCUAUCCUCCCUGCAAGGCAACUCACGCGCUUGGUUCUUGUGUUGCUUACGUGGAACGUGAGACACCUCCCGCAUCAUUAGCACCCCUGAUCAAGGUACCGAUGUUGGCUCUCCACGGUGAUUUCCAGAAUAUUUACGAUUGUCCCGGCGCCGAGCGCCGCUUCAAUGAAUUUAUCAACCUUCCCCCUCCGAGCAGCUUCCGAGUCAUGAAAGAUACCCCUCUUCAAAUGUUUGACACGUUCCCUGAACGGGUGAAGGAACAAUACUACCCGUGGAUUGACAAUCUGCUUGCACAACAAACCGGCCCCAUCCCAACUGAACCUGUUGCUGCAAGAUCGGCGCUUUUCAAUCCUAAUGAAGCUCUGGAACGAUUGGCAAGACUACUAGGUGACCCUUCGGUCGCUUUACGCGAUCCUCACACCAGUGACAGUUUUUACGCCCUUAGUGAUGAAAAGAUAUCAAGUAACGCUGAGCGGAUUCGAACUCUGGAGACCAAUCAGAUCUACAAGUUUUCGAUAUUUGGCGGUGGUGCACCAGAAUCAUGGACAGGCGCUUCAUUUGAGGAGCAAAAUCCUGAGAGAUUUUCGAAACGCAUUCAAAAAAAUGCUGCCGAGGGUGGGACGAACAUGGUUGAAGAGAUUAUCUUGGCCAUCACCGAAUCAACGGCCGAAGACGACUUGUUAUGAAUUCUAUUCCUAUCCCCGGCCGUGCUUUUGCGGAGACAAAAUCGUGGUACUUUCGACUCCUCAUGGAAGCAAAAUAGCAAACGGUGGAUGAGUACCAAACAACCCAGAAGCCCAGCAGACAAUACAGCCAUUCUGCCGACUACUGAACUCUUUCAGCUGCAUAGAGCAGCGCAUGUUUUUGGCUGAAUCAUGGAUUAUGUUUACUUAAAUUGCAUUGACACAAAUAUCACUGGAGUUACCUUUUAUUUAUUUAUCUAAUCAUUCAUCUCGCUUCUCUAUUUUCCUUUCUCAGCAACCUUGUGGGGCAAUUUUCUUGUAAGCCUCUAAGCACUGUUCAGCAUUGUACUUAUGAUUUCUUGGAUAUUUGGGUGAUUGCCUUUCUUGCUUCUGUAACCUAACAGUUUCAAACUGCUUAGUCAGCCCAUAUGAACAGUGCAUACAUAAACAAUACACUUGGGUCUGUGGCUCUCAAACGUACAAAAAAGAUUACCUAGACAAAAGAGGCAAUUAAAAACCAAAUCAUUGCAUUGGUGUUGUGAUGCAGUAGGUACUGG